AUGACAGUUUUCUAUGAUGGUGUGGACUGUCUUGCAGACCAGGGCUCCGAUUUGUAUAAUACUCUCAAAAUUGAAUCUUCUGCCCAAGUGAACUAUUAUAGACAGGCCGACUAUGCACUUUAUUGUGUGUAUUUCGGUGUUGUAGCGGCUGCAAUUAUACUUUUCAAAAAUGUCAUUUACAAAGUGCGUGACAAGCGGGUGAUUCAAAAUGGUUUUGAGAAUAUCAGUUUCAUGGGAUCAAUUAUAGACGUCACGGCCGCGUACUGUCGCCUUGUGGGCUAUCGUCCUACUCCUCUCGUGCUCACUAAGGUCCUCUCAUUUCCUAGAAGUCUUGCUCAGACUCUUUUUGCUGUGGCCUCGGCAAUAUUCUUAUUUUGCGUCUGUUUGAUUCCUCAUUUUUGGUACCGUGGAUGCAAGGGUUUUGGAAGUCCUCCAUUAGCCAUUCGAGCAGGCUGCAUGGCUACCGCAUUGUUGCCUUUUAUUUUUUCACUUUCCGGUAAAUACAGUUUCGUUUCUCUUAUUUCUGGAAUUGGAUAUGAGAAGCUCAAUUGGCUUCAUCAGUAUGUGGGUUUGGCAUGCCUUGUCUUGGCUCUCAUUCACGCCAUUCCAUUUAUCCAUCAACCACUCAUGGAGGGAGGUUUGCUGAAUUUGGCUGAAGUUUAUUCCAACGACGAUGAUAUGCAACAUGGUGUUCCUACCCUUAUUUGCUUGUUCAUUCUCGUGGUUUUGUUCAAUAGACAUAUUCGAAAGUACCUCUACGAAAUAUCUUUUCACAUCCACUGGAUAGUGGGCUGCGCAUUUUUCGCAUUCUUGAUGAAUCACGUUUAUGGCAUGUUGGACAUGCAGAAUUACUUGUGGGCCACCUUGGCAAUUUGGGCGGUUCAAUGGGUUUACAGAGUUUCGAAAUCUGGCCUCGCAUCGGUGAGAGAAGCUGAAAUUGUUAAAAUUGGCGACAAGUCUAUGCAAAUUACCGUUUUCAAUGUUAAACGCUACUCUUGGAGCUGCGGGCAACAUUGUUUCCUCCGGUUUCCAGGAGCUAGAAUCUUUGAUAACCAUCCAUUCAGCGUUGCAUCCAUCAAUGAAGAUGACUACAUGAGAUUUGUUAUCGUGCCAAGAAAGGGUCUCACAAAGAAAUUAUAUGAGCAACUAGACGAACAAAUCCAAAAGAAGCGUGUCUUCGUUGACGGACCUUAUGGUGGUUGUAGCCGGAACCCACUUUCCUUCGACAGAGUAUUCUUAUUCAGCACUGGAGGAGGCAUCACUGGAACAUUGCCUUAUUUGACUCAGCUUUCGAAGAACAUGAGUGCUCUUAGAGUCGACUUAUUCUGGGUGGUCAGAAGUUACGAAGACCUUGAAAUCGCUAAGUCAGAGAUUGAAAGCAGUCUUGAUAUGGCUAAUGAGAGAGUUCGAGUGCACAUCUAUAUUGCGAAUCAAUUCUCGGUAAACGAGAAGAAGAUCGCUAUCGAAGGCGCUGAUAUAAUUCAUGGAAAACCCAAUUUCGGUGACGUGGUAUCCUCUUUGAGAUCCGGCUUACAAGCCAGGAAUAUGUUUAUUACAUGCGGUAAUUCUUCUAUGGGCCGCGAGGUGGCUCAGGGAGUUGCCGACUUGCAAAGUUCUGUCUUGAGAAGUGGUGAUGCUUCGGUUCAGGAGGUCUUUCUUCACAACGAAGAGUUUGGUUGGUAA